CGGCAGCAUUUAAACCGGAGACCCGGAGAUGCUCGACACUCGGUACGCCCUUCGCGGACCUGCAGACCUAGUGCACCGUGGUAGCGUCGCUCUCUGUCGUUCCUCUCGCGCCGAGCCCGAGUGGCUCAGGCCGCGGUCGCACGCAGGGCCACGUGUCCACAGAGAAGGACCCGAAGACCCACGGCACUGACAGAAUGAACCGCACCGCCUACACUGUGGGAGCUUUGCUCCUCCUCUUGGGGACCCUACUACCGGCAGCUGAAGGGAAAAAGAAAGGGUCCCAAGGAGCCAUCCCGCCUCCAGACAAGGCUCAGCAUAAUGACUCUGAGCAGACCCAGUCCCCACCACAGCCUGGUUCCAGGACCCGGGGGCGGGGCCAGGGGCGAGGCACCGCCAUGCCAGGAGAGGAGGUGCUGGAGUCCAGCCAAGAGGCCCUGCACGUGACAGAGCGCAAGUACCUGAAGCGAGAUUGGUGCAAAACUCAGCCCCUGAAGCAGACCAUCCAUGAGGAGGGCUGCAACAGCCGCACUAUCAUCAACCGCUUCUGCUAUGGCCAGUGCAAUUCCUUCUAUAUCCCCAGGCACAUCAGGAAGGAGGAAGGCUCCUUUCAGUCUUGCUCCUUCUGCAAGCCCAAGAAGUUCACCACCAUGAUGGUCACGCUCAACUGUCCUGAGCUACAGCCACCCACCAAGAAGAAGCGGGUCACACGCGUGAAGCAGUGUCGUUGCAUAUCCAUCGAUUUGGAUUAAACCAAAGCGGGCACAUCCAGCCUGUCAUAGCCAUGCCAAGAGCCACACCUAAACCACCCGAUUCCUACUUGGCUUAAACCUAGAGGUCAGAAGAACCAGCAGUUGCUUCCUGGCUGGAGGCUGCUUAUGCAUAGUGUAUGUGCGUGAGUGUGCAUGGGUGUUGUGUGUGUGUUUCCAAACACCAGCGGAAACAGCCUCUGCUAGAAGGCACUUCCUGUUACUCUGCUUCAGAUGGUCGGAAACGCCCACACCACCGAACCAGAACACCCACAGGGGCAUGGCUGUAGUUGGCUUUGCCUUUGUAUUCAUGCGCCCUCCUGGGGACCAGGACUUCACUUGAGAAUGAAUAUUAAAGGAAGAGAUAACUCCGAGGGCUGCAUCAGAACUGGGAUCAUUCAGUGCUUACCCUUUACUCCCAUGACCCAUUCCUUUUCUCUCCCUGACAUCUUAGUCUUAGCCCAUGUCCCUAAAUUAAUUCUUUGACCAUGGGUGUAAAUGUUUUCCAUCUUGUGAAGAACCUCCAGAAUGUGGGAAGACGUGUGUUGGAGGACAAACAGGUGAUUGACACAGGAGCGUUGAGGUUGACGACCAGUCUGUGACAGUGAAAUUCAAUAUUAAGAUGUCCAGAGUUUGGAAGCUGUUCUCCAAAAAUGUGUGCGUCUUGCUUCUGUGAAAGGGUUUUCCUGAUAUUUAAAAGUACCCAGUGCACAGAGGUGAAAUAUAAUCACACACACACACACACACACACACACACACACACACACACACACACCAAUUUUCUGUGUCUGCCUCUGUAACCUACUGAUGCUCUCUGUGACCCAAAGUUAAAAGUGAAAUAUUGACCACUCCUGUUUUAAGAACCAAGAGAGUGAAACAGAAAGAAACAUGGCCUCCUACUUUGCCUCUCAAGGGGACAACUGAGAGUCUUGUACACUGGGAUAGGAAAAGACAAAAAAACAAAACAACAACAACAACAACAACAACAAAACCUCCUUCGCUUAGUUUUGCUGGAUUAACAUUGCUUUUCUGUUGUUCCUGCGAAAUGCUUCUGAGAUGCAUAACCUUGUGUUAAAAAUUCUUCCUUUGCUGAGCACGUCUGCCAACUAGGAACAGUCUAAGAUGAGAGAGCUGCUUGCUCCAUUUGAGCUAGACAUGAAUGGAGCCUUCUCUGCUUUGGCUCUUUUUAGGGAAGAAUCAGAGAGAGGGAGGAGUCAAAGGAAUUGCAGCUGGCUUGGUAGUGUCUGGAGGAGAGAUAAGGGCUAAGACUGCCUCCUCUUCAUUUGCUCUUAGGUCUAUAAGAAAGUUCCAUUAGGAAAGCAGAGCACUAGAGUAUAUUAACAAGCCACCUACUCCCAGUGGGUCAAUUCGGCAUUGUAAGCAUUAUGUCUACUAUGGAUGUCCUCUGAAUACAUCUGAGCUCCCCAAAUGCCUACUUAGCAUUUAUGUAAGGGCCAAAAUGAAAGGUAGCCUUGAUACAUUUUGGCUUAGCUAAGCAAUGCUCCUUAAGACUGUUAAAUGCCCUUUUUGUCUUUUCCUCUCAGAGUCACUAGUCAAGUUAUAUGUCAUUUGGAAGGGCAACAUUCACUGCCCAUCAAAACUGCCAUAAAGAACCAUUGGAUGUAAAGAAACUUUUUAUUUUGGCCUACCCCUCUCCCAGGUGACAUCUAAAUGGAAACCAUGCUGUAAGACAAAAAAGUAUUUUGAGGCCAUGCGGUGGUAGUACAUGCCUUUAAUCCCAGCACUCGGGAGGCAGAGGCAGGCAGAUCUUUGUGAGUUCGAAGCCAGGCUGGUCUACAGAGCGAGAUCCAGGAAAGGCGCAAAGCUACACAGAGAAACCCUGUUUCAAAAAAACCUAUCUUGAACCCCCAAAACAUUGGGUCUAAUUUUGAAAGUUUAAAAGUCACUCAUGAUUCCACAGCAGAUGAAUCUGUGCAUAGUCUGCGUGUUUAAUUUGUACUGUAUUGCUCCUUCUCUGAAUCUUUGUGUCAUCCACAUCCACCACCAAUAAGUCCCAGGAUGGAUUUGAUCAAGCCCACAAAUGCAAAGGCAAAGUUUUCUGAAAAUUUAAAACCACACCAGAGAUGAAAGAUGACAAUCAGUGCUAAGAAACAUGGAGUGUCUUAAUUCUUCCACAAACAUGCAGUAUGGUUAUAAAGUAAUAGUUAGGUUAGCAGCCACAGUCACCUUCCAGGAGCUUAUAUCACGGUCUCUCAUAUAAGUUGGAUUUGAUUCAUGUAAAGAGGAUUGCCUCAAAAUUAACUUCAUGGCAACAAUCAGCAGCAUGAGUAGCCUUAAAAGCACAUCGCUGGCCAAAGAAGGAAAUGCCUGCUUUCCUCACUGGGCCUAGACCAAGACCAUCACAAAUGAGCAUCCUCCAUCAUUUAUUGAAGAUGCCCUGUCUGUGGCUUAUUUUGGACUCAUCAGUGAUGUAAUGAUGUGUAUUUUCUCCAACAUUGUAGUAGAAACUGUUUCAUGGUAAGAUAGUUGUGAUCUUGAUCUUACCUAUUAAAAUAAUGCCAGAUACCAAAUAUGAAUUUUAUGGUGUUCUCUGUGUGCUUGGCAUUGAAAGAGAGACACCACGCACCAUGUAAGUCUGAGUGCUUCUUUGCAACUGUACUCUUCACAGCUCAAAGUUAUAAGUGAAAAUCUGGAGGAAAGGAUAAUUUCCACCGUGUGGAAUGUGAAUAAUCAAAAAGUUAUGGUUAUUUAAUGUAAUUAUGAAUUCAAGUCCUUUGGUUACUGUGAUUUCAAACAUGCUUUCUUUCUCUAUUUUAUAUGACGGUCUCUGAUUUGGGCAAAGAAGAAACUGGCCACUGUUAAGUUGUUAGGGACUUUUGUCAGGUCAGAGAGAAACACAAUAUUGUCACAUAUGAAGAGGUAUUACUGAGUUGAGGAUGAACUUUUAUUGUUUCUUGAAGGCUGACACUUCUGAAACAUAUUAGGAAACACUUUAAAUAUUAUUUUAAGAGACUUAAAAUGUUCAUAUACAAGUAAAUAGAAGACAAUGAUGGCCACAAAUACACAUGAACAGAACGUUUCUAAGCAAGAAAUCUGAGCUGAAAGAGUGAAAGAAAUUCUAUUGAUUUGUCAUUCCUCAAGAUAUUUAAUACCAUCUACAUUGUAUAUUUAACCUGCUUUAAUCAUUGUAAAACAACCAAGGAUUAUAUAGGCUAUGAUCUAACUACCUUGCUAUGGAUGAGGGUGAGGUGGGAUUUAAUGGUCUCAUAAAAGCUAAUUUGGCUUAAAGGUUUAUAAAUCUGUAACUAGAAUUUUAUUUUCACCAUAGUAACAUUUUAUAUAACCUUUUGCCAAAAAAAGCAAUCAAUAAAUUAAACAUCUUCUUUUUGA